GUAUUUCAGUGGAACUGCUGAUAGCAGUAUGUCUUCAGGAAAUGCCAAAAUUGGGCACCGUGCCCCCCAGUUCAAAGCAACAGCUGUUAUGCCAGAUGGUCAGUUCAAGGAUAUAAGCCUAGCUGACUACAAAGGAAAAUAUGUUGUGUUCUUCUUUUACCCUCUUGACUUCACCUUUGUGUGCCCCACGGAGAUCAUUGCUUUCAGCGAUAGGGCAGAAGAAUUUAAGAAACUCAACUGCCAAGUAAUUGGUGCUUCUGUGGAUUCUCAUUUCUGUCACCUGGCAUGGAUCAACACACCCAAGAAACAAGGAGGACUGGGACCCAUGAACAUUCCCUUGAUAUCAGACCCCAAGCGCACCAUUGCUCAGGACUAUGGGGUUUUAAAGGCUGAUGAAGGCAUCUCAUUCAGGGGCCUUUUUAUUAUUGAUGAUAAAGGUAUCCUUCGACAGAUCACCAUAAACGACCUUCCUGUUGGCCGCUCUGUGGAUGAGACGCUGAGACUAGUUCAGGCCUUCCAGUUUACUGACAAACAUGGGGAAGUGUGCCCAGCUGGCUGGAAGCCUGGCAGUGAUACCAUCAAGCCUGAUGUCCAGAAGAGCAAAGAAUAUUUCUCUAAGCAGAAGUGAGCGCUCGGCCAUUUUAGGGCCAGGCUGCAGUAGGCGGCCUUGAAAACAAAACCUGUUUU